CGCCAGGCUGUUCGGACUAUGGUAAGGUCGACGGUCACGGAAGAGGACUUGGCUGGAGAGGAGCUUUGCUGUGGAAUCUGCCGUGAAGACUUCGUGGUGGGUGGAGACUGGGCCACACUCCCUUGUGGUCACCAUUUCCACUCUGAUUGUGUUACCCCUUGGCUG